GUGACAUGCUUUCAUUAAGUUAAGAAUACAGUGUACACACCGCGGACAGAGGAGGGCUGCUGCAGGCCGGAGAGACAGAAAGGAGACAGAGAGGAGGGGACCGCGCACUGGGUUUUCUGCAGUUAUUGUCUUUUGACCGAUAGUUCUGUUCUUCACUCCCUGAAGGCCAAAGAUGCUUUGAUGGAUCAUGAAAAGAUAUGAGGGGAUCAACCCCAGACUCCGCACCAGCAACAUAAACCAACACUGCAGCAAACAGACAGACAGAAGACGGACUGAGCACAUCAACUGCGGAGACGGGCAGCGUGCUGUCCAAGGACCCAGCCUGACGCACGGAGACGGACAGACAGACAGACAGUCUGAUGCCAACUGUCUCCACUGUCAAUCUCACAGCACCACUCCUCCUCCUGUUGCUAUGGGCAACCCACCCCACCAUGGCAACCAACUGGCUCUCCCUGGCGAGGCUACCUCGCUCCAGGCCUGUGUCCGGUGCUGCCCCAUGUGCGCGGCUGAGGGGGCUGACCCCAGGGCAGGUGGGGGUGUGCAGGGCGCGGGGGGAGGUCAUGGAGUCCGUACGCAAGGCUGCCGAGAUGGUCAUAGAAGAGUGCCAGCACCAGUUCAGGAAUCGCCGCUGGAACUGUUCCACCACCCCACGUGGGAUCAAUGUAUUCGGCAGAGUCAUGAACCAAGGCACUCGUGAGGCGGCCUUUGUGCAUGCUUUGUCCUCAGCAGCCGUGGCAGUGGCUGUGACCCGAGCCUGCACCCGCGGGGAGCUGGAGAGGUGUGGCUGUGACAGGAAGGUCAGGGGGGUCAGCCCCGAGGGUUUCCAGUGGUCAGGGUGCAGUGACAACCUGUCCUAUGGUGUGGCUUUCUCCCAAACAUUUGUGGAUGAACCAGAACGAGCCAAAGGGCUGUCAGCAGGGCGACCGCUUAUGAAUCUCCACAACAACGAGGCUGGACGGAAGGCUAUCCUUCACAACAUGCAGGUGGAGUGUAAGUGUCAUGGCGUCUCUGGCUCCUGUGAAUUGAGGACUUGCUGGAAGGUCAUGCCUCCAUUCAGGCGCGUUGGCGCUGUGCUCAAGGAACGCUUUGACGGAGCAACAGAGGUCCGCCUGACUCGUAUAGGAUCCAGGACAGCCCUGCUACCCCGUGACCCCCAAGUCAAACCCCCUGCUGCCAGAGACCUUGUGUACCUUGCGCCCUCCCCAGAUUUCUGUCAUCUCGACCCUGACAACGGUAUCCCUGGGACUGCUGGUAGGAGAUGUAAUGGAACCUCUCGGCUGGCACCAGAUGGCUGUGAGCUGGUGUGCUGCGGGCCGGGGUACAGAGCGGGCCGAGCUGAGGUGGUGCAGCGCUGCUCCUGCAAGUUUUCCUGGUGCUGCUCGGUCCGCUGCCAGCAGUGCAAGAACACAGUCACUAUUCACACCUGCAGAGUGUAAGAGGGCCCCAAACAAGCACCAAACAACUGAGCAGAAAGACUCAAACAAACCACCAGACAGACACUUCUGAACACAAGACGGGAUAAGCACAGCGCAGAGAAGGACAGUAUUUAAUUUACACAUCUAGCACUAAAUUAUCUGGCCAAAUUCGGCCACAAUUUAACUCACUUUCACAUUGGAGCAGUGAGGCUAGUCUAAGUUUGAGCAGUCUGUUGUAAAAGCUGCAAAGUUAGAGCACAUGAAUAUGAGGCCGAUGGGUUCCGAGAUUGGAGCUCAUGUAAACAUAAGAUCAAUGACAGAGCAUCAAUAGUCCAUAAAAGUACAAACAGAAAUCAUUUUUACUACUUUUAAACUGAUAUAAUACUCCACUUGUAUGCAUAAACACAAAACAGUCAACAGUUAAAUUCACACUUAACUGACAAAGCUUAUAAAGCUGAACUUAACCAGAACUAACGGGAACAUUGCAGCACUGUUUUUAUUUAAUGCGAGCUAUUUGAGUUGUGUCAUAGGCUAGCAAGUCUCAUUUACUGCAUUUACAGCAUUUACUGUAUUUAUGUCUUCAUCUUCUAUUCUGGUUUAUUUAUUUGUAUAUCUGAGUCUUUGCUUCACUUCAGCCUCCAGCAGAUGUUUUAAUCAGCAAGAAUAACUCCUACUUACUUACAUCAGUGUCUGUCUCGUGUUUUGUCCCCUCACCCUCAUGUGAAUCUUCUUCUGUAAGUUCCUGCACAUGCAGUGUUUUUUUCUAGGUCUGCUCAUGAAAUCUAAUAAAUACAGUA